AUGUACAUCCCCGUAAUCCUCCUUCUACUCGCCCUUCUCGUCAUCUACUACUUCAUCCUCCCCAUCAUCAAUUACUUCCGCGACCCUAAAGGCUUUCGCAAAUACCCCAACCUUACAUUAUGGUCCGGAAUAUCAGACUUACCUCUCGUUUAUUAUUCGCAUAAAGGCAUCCGCUACAAGCGUCUACUAGAAGCACACAAAACCCACCCCGUCGUCCGCAUCGGACCCAACUAUCUCUCCUAUGCAGACCCAGAGGCCAUCAAAGACAUCUACGGCCACGGGACAACCUGUACAAAAGACAUAUUCUACUCCACCCUCGCUGGGUCACAUUUUCACCUCGCCGAUGUCGUCGACAAGGGCGAACAUGCACGAAAGCGUAAAGUUCUGUCCAGCGCAUACGCGCUCAAGAACCUAGAAACCUGGGAGUACAAGGUCGCCGACAUGACGCACCGCCUGAUCAAACAAUUCGAUGCAAGAUGCACGGAUCCAUUACCAAAGGACCAUCGUCCUCUCGAACAGGACCUUACAAUUGACUAUCGCAUGUGGACCAAUCUAUUCACCAUAGCUGCUAUCGCGAACAUCGGUCUCAGCGAGGACAUCAAAUUCCUCGACCAGGGGAAUGAUCUAAUCACAUCAGAAUCCAUGGAUGGCAAGACAAAGCGAGUACACUUCCGAGACUGCCUUUUUGCCACUGGCUCAGCAACAGCUACUCUGGUCUGGUGCUACGACUGGUACAAGACCCUGGUGCGAGCAAGCAAGAUCCUGUCUCCGACAUACAACCAGAAAUGGAAACUCAACAACGACUGGGACGGCAUCGUCUACAACCGUGCCACGACACGAUGGAAGCGUUACCAGAAUGGUGAACAGCUUGAUGAUUUCUUCUCUGCGCUAAUGGAAGAUAAAUCUAAUGUCCCUCACAAUUUGGAAUGGGGAGAGAUCGUCGCAGAAAUCAGUAUCAUGAUGAAUGCCGGGUCUGAUACAACUGGGAUCUCGCUGAGCAAUGUUAUGCUUCUUCUCCUGAAUAACCCAGGUUGUCUGGAGAAAUUACGGCAAGAGGUUGACGGUGUCCUAGACGACGACGAGAUCGUUGCACCCUACGACAAAGUCAAGCAUCUCCCCUACCUUCGAGCCUGCUUGGACGAAAAUCUCAGACUGUUUCCGCCUGUGUCAUUUGCGCUUCCGCGACGGACUCCGCCUGAGGGUACCAUGAUUCUAUCGGACCACAUCGCGGGUAACACGUCGGUGGGUAUGUCAGCAUAUGUGGUCCAUCGCAACGAAUCCAUCUUUCCGGAUCCUGAGGCUUUCCGUCCGGAGAGGUGGCUUGGAGAGAAGGGGAAAGAAUUGCAGCCGUACUUCAUCCCCUUCAGUACUGGUGCGAGAGGAUGUAUUGGUCGCAAUAUUAGCUACCUUGAGCAGACUAUUUUGGUUGCUUCGCUGGUGCAUCGCUUCGAAUUUGCUUUGCCGUAUCCGGGGUGGGAACCGGAGAGGCAUGAGACGACGAAUCUUAGUUCGGGGUCGAUGCCGAUGAAGAUUUGGAGGAGGGAAGGGGCUGUAUGA